AUGGCACCCUUGAGACCUCUUCUCAUGCUGGCCCUGCUGGUGUGGGUUGCUCUGGCCGACCAAGAGUCGUGCAAGGGCCGCUGCACUGAGGGCUUCAAUGCUGACAAGAAGUGUCAGUGCGACGAGCUCUGCUCUUACUACCAGAGCUGCUGCGCUGACUACACGGCCGAGUGCAAGCCACAAGUGACUCGUGGGGAUGUGUUCACUCUGCCGGAAGAUGAGUACGGGGUCUAUGACUACCAUGAGGAGACCAAAGACAACGCCAGUGUCCAUGCACAUCCAGAGGGCUCCAGCCUGAGACCUGAUCUGCAGGCCCGACCCGAAGAAAAUCCUGAGCUGAACCCUGAGAAGGAGAUCACAAUGACUGAGGGGGUGGUUCUGAGGCCAGAGACCACUGAUCAAGGGACCUCCACAUCCCUAGCAGAGGAGGAGCUUUGCAGUGGGAAGCCCUUUGAUGCCUUCACCGACCUCAAGAAUGGUUCCCUCUUUGCCUUCCGAGGGCAGUACUGCUAUGAGCUGGAUGAAAGUGCAGUGAGGCCUGGGUACCCCAAGCUCAUCCGAGACGUCUGGGGUGUCGAGGGCCCCAUUGAUGCCGCCUUCACUCGCAUCAACUGUCAGGGGAAGACCUACCUAUUCAAGGGUAGUCAGUACUGGCGCUUUGAGGAUGGUGUCCUGGACCCUGAUUACCCCCGAAACAUCUCUGAGGGCUUUGGUGGCAUCCCGGACAACGUGGACGCAGCCUUGGCCCUCCCUGCCCAUAGCUACAGUGGCCGGGAGCGGGUCUACUUCUUCAAAGGGAAACAGUACUGGGAGUACGAAUUCCAGCAGCAACCCAGUCAGGAGGAGUGUGAAGGCAGCUCCCCGUCGGCAGUGUUUGAGCACUUUGCCCUGCUGCAGCGGGACAGCUGGGAAGACAUCUUCGAGCUGCUCUUCUGGGGCAGACCCUCUGGUGGUGCCAGACAGCCCAAGUUCAUCAGCCGGGAUUGGCAUGGUGUGCCUGGGCAAGUGGAUGCGGCCAUGGCAGGCCGCAUCUACAUCUCAGGCAUGGCACCCCACUCUUCCUGGCCCAAGAAGCAAAAGUCUAGGCGUCGCAGCCGCAAACGCUACCGUUCAUACCGUGGCCGUGGCCGCGGCCGCAGCCAGAACUCCCGCCGGCUAUCUCGUUUGUCCUGGCUGUUCUCCAGUGAGGAGAGCGGGCUGGGAUUCCACAACACUGAUGCCUAUGGGAUGGACUGGCUUGUGCCUGCCACCUGCGAGCCCAUCCAGAGUGUCUACUUCUUCUCGGGAGACAAUUACUACCGAGUCAACCUUCGCACACGGCGAGUGGACACUGUGAACCCUCCCUACCCACGCUCCAUUGCCCAGUACUGGCUGGGCUGCCCAGCCUCUGGCCACAAGUAG